CCGUGAAUUGAAGACGUGCAUUUAACGUUAUAUGAAACUGUUGUGUAAAUGUUCGUCCUCUUGAAUGGCAACAACCUUCGUUGAGUCGAUACAAGUGACAGAGGGUAGUGUUGUUGAAAUCUUGAAAGCACAAUGAUGUCUGCUGUGUUUGCGAGGAGGCUUGUUGCUGGCGUCUAUCGGGCUUCCCUACGUCCAUCAAUGGUUGGUGCAGUGUCUGCACGAGGUUACCGUGGUGAUGCACCUGAACCCAAUAUGAUUGAAGUCCCCCUGCCACCAUGGGAGGAGAAGACGGGCGAGCCUAUUGAUAUCAAGAGGAAAAGACUCUUAUAUGAGAGCCGCAAAAGAGGCAUGCUGGAGAACUGCAUCUUGCUCAGCCUGUUUGCCAAGAAGUACUUGAACACCAUGACAGAAACUCAGCUGCAGCAGUAUGACCGAAUAAUCAAUGAGCCAACCAACGACUGGGACAUUUAUUACUGGGCAACAGAGGCUUUGCCAACACCUGAGCCGUACAGUGGCGAGGUCAUGGAUCUCCUGAAAGAGUUCACCAAGAACCGGCAACAGGAGCAGCGUCUGGAUGCACCAAACCUGGAAUACCUGGAUGACGGCAAGAACUGAGCUGGCCCAAGGCCUAUUCCAGAGACUUGAACAUGAUCACACGGCACAGGCAGAGUGUGUGACCACAUACAAUACAAAAUGUUGGCAUAAUAGCUCAGACUUCACAGGCUUAUCCCAGGCCCUUUAACGAGGCCAUUUAUUUUUUUUAUUUAUUGUAUUUAAUUUUUCUUAAUGGUUUGAAAUGGACUGUUGAUGUAUUUCCCACACAUACAUCUGUGUAAAUCAACAGACAGGACUGAGUGACCCACACAGUCUGGGUUUCAGUAUGUAAGAGACGGUAUUGAUUCAUGUUUCAUAUGUAAAAAUUGCUAUGACUAGUUGCUGUCAUGCGUGUUGACAUGACAGGCAUUGAUCUAAAAUGUGUACAUAAGUGCAUAAUUUUAUGAAGACUUGAUUUAGUGCUUCUCUGUGCUGUUAUGCUAUUCUGUUUCCUCUUGAAUGAAUGAAUGAAUGAAUGAAUGAAACAGCAGAGUUAGUUGUAAUAUGUGGUGUAACGUUUGGCCCAUGCAAUAAAAUAAAGAACUAUUUAGUGUUUAUCAUA